CACGGUGACGUAAAACCUACGCGACGGCGGCGGCGAGUGGGAACGUCGUUGAACCUUAAUUGUCCCCUCACUAGCGCGUAGUCUCGUUGCGUUAUCAAUCCAUUUGAAAUGUUAUUAAGCCUUUUUGAAAGUGACUUCGUCAGUUAUAUAUGCACGGCUCCCUUAUCGGUAACAAGCUUGUAUUGUCGAUAAGGAGAUCGUUUGUUGUAUUGACAAAAUGACUCUACCGGUUUUGCACAACACAGGCGUGUUCUACAGAAGAAUUUUGUCACAAUUCCCUCAGGAUAUCAGUUUAGCUUUCGCCUAUGGAUCGGGAGUUUUUAAACAACAAGGAACCAGCCAAGGUCAAAUGGAGAAAAACAUGCUGGACUUUGUGAUUGCGGUGGAUGAUCCAGUCACUUGGCACACCAUGAAUUUGUUGCAGAACCGUAAACAUUACUCCAUCCUUAAACUACUGGGGCCCGCAACAAUCAGCUCCAUACAGAGUGACCAUGGGGCAGCUAUGUACUACAACACGCUGGUGCCCGUCGACGGGAGGAUUAUUAAAUAUGGUGUGAUAAGUACUGAGUGUCUAAUUGAUGACCUCGUGCACUGGAAGACCCUAUAUGCUGCAGGACGGCUUCACAAACCGGUGAAAUUGCUGGUGCAGGGAGACAAUGGGAAGCUGCGUGCCGCUUUAAUGGCCAACCUCAAGAGUGCUGUAACAGCCUCAUUCCUUAUGCUACCAGAGAGUUUCAGCGAGGAGGAGCUUUUCCUCCAGAUAGCUGGCCUUUCAUAUGCCGGUGAUUUCAGGAUGGUGAUAGGAGAGGAUAAAUCCAAGGUGGCCAAUAUCGUGAAUGACAACAUGGAGCACUUCCGCAUUCUCUAUAGCAACAUCUUACGGGACUGCCCCCAAGUGGUCUACAAACCCCAACAAGGAAAGUUGGAGGUCGAUAAAAGCCCAGAGGGCCAGUUUGUUCAGUUGAUGGCGUUGCCUCGCACACUGCAGCAGAGGAUCACCAGGCUGGUGGACCCUCCCGGGAAGAACAGGGACGUAGAGGAGAUCCUGCUGCAGAUGGCUCAGGACCCUGACUGUGGAGCAGUUGUGCAGCAAGGUAUCUCCUCGAUUGUGAAAUCCUCCAGUAUAGCACAAAGUAUCAAAGGCAUAGCGACAGCUGGCAUGUGGAAGACGGUAUCCUACAGCACUAAGAAACUACUAAAGAUGUGGAAGGGCUGGAGGAGAAAACCGUCUGUUUCUCAGACCUCCUGAUCCACUUUUGCCCAUGGACUCUGCCAAUCACUUGUGUGUAUAUUUGUGCAUCUUGUAAUUGCACAUCUACUGCAGUAGGUGACAGCGAUGCGCUCUUUUUAUUUAUUUUUAUUAGAUGUCAGGCAAAUUGAUGCACUUCAAAUAUUUUCUGUAACAAAUUAAAAAAUAAUGGUUACUUUUU